AUGACAUCCUCCAACGAGACACACGUCAAGGGCUCAUUGUGCCAUGAGAAGAGCACCGCACCCGUACUCGAAGAAUCUAACAACGUGCCAACCCGAGUUACGAAUGCCGACACCACUCGACGUGGCCUCAAAGCUCGGCACGCUCAGAUGAUUGCCCUGGGUGGAACGAUUGGUACAGGUCUCUUCGUCGGCUCUGGGGGACAACUUGCGAGAGGGGGCCCCGCCUUCAUCGUGGUCGCCUACAUUCUCCUGGCCAUAUUCGUGUAUUUUGUCCUCACUGCAAUCUCGGAAGUGGCGGUCUACCUUCCGGUAAACGGCGGCACAAUGUCGUACAUUGGACAUCGAUACGUCUCCAACAGCCUUGGCUUUGCCAUGGGCUAUCUAUAUUGGUACAGCCUAGGGAUUCUAGUCCCAUAUGAGAUCACGGCCGCGGCAGUCGUAAUCGACUACUGGAACUCGCCAAUCAACAUUGCCGUCUGGAUCACCAUCUUUAUCGUCGUCAUCGUCGGCCUAAACUUGUUGCCUGUCUCCUUCUACGGAGAGAGCGAAUUCUGGUUCGCGUCGUUAAAAGUGCUCUUGCUGCUGGGUCUUUUCAUCUUAACGAUCAUCCUCUUUUGGGGUGGCGGACCCGAUCAGCACGGUAUCCUCGGAUUUCACUAUUGGAAGGACCCCGGGGCGACGAACGUCUACCUCGAGACCGGAACGACUGGUCGCUUCCUCGCAUUCCUGAUCACGCUCGUGUCUGGGGCCUUUGCGUUCACGUUCGCACCCGAGCUUCUCAUCGUCUGCAGUGCCGAGAUGGAGAACCCACGAAGAAAUCUCCCAAAGGCAGCGAACAUCUAUUUUUUCCGUCUCGUCUUCUUCUACGUUGGCUGCGUCUUUGCGAUCGGCCUCAUAUGGGUUGGUGCAAAGGCCUCGGCGUUCACGGUCGGGAUUCAAAACGCGGGUAUCAAGGUACUUCCCAGUAUCAUCAAUGCCGUGAUCCUCAUGUCGGCCUGGUCGUCGGGUAACUCGUUCCUCUACAUGAGUUCCCGAUCACUCUACUCGCUCGCCGUCGCAGGGAAUGCCCCAAAGAUGUUUGCCAGGUGCAGCAAAAGGGGUGUUCCAUAUCCAGCCGUCAUAGCCUCGUCGCUAUUUUGCGCUCUAGCAUACCUGAAUUGCGCCAAUACCAGCGCGGUUGUGUUCGAGUGGAUGGCUUGCAAGGCCCAAGGAAUAACAGGCCGGGAUCUCCCUUACCAUUCAUUUUUACAACCCUGGGGAGCAUGGGCUGCGCUGGUCUUCUUUACCUUUUUGUUGCUCAUCAAUGGCUUCAACGUCUUUUGGCCCGAAUACUGGUCGGCCUCGUCAUUUUUGACCGCUUAUAUCGGCCUCCCAAUCUUUCUGGCCAUCUAUCUUACGCAUAGGAUGAUAUAUCGCAGCGACAAAUGGGCCUUUGCGCCCGACCAAGUCGAUCUCACAACAGGCCUCGACGAAGCUCUAGCACAGGACAAUCCCAACCCGGAGAAAAAAGGUUGGAAGGCUCUGCUACGCCGUGCAUUUACCUAG